GAAGUGUUGCGUCGGGUUUGUGGUCCUCCAGCAGCUGAUAAACCCGCUAACUUUACGGCCCGUUUGGCAGCGGAGAGUCUUUUAUUCUGAAGGCUGUGACCGGAUAUCGACGUGUUUGCUCCGGCGCGCUUGACGUCAGCCGCUCCUGUCCGUACGGCGGCUCAGAGGGUUCAGUCCGCGCCGCGCCGCCCCGCCGCUCCUGCUGACGAUGGGAGACGUUCUCUGCGAAGAGCUCGAGGAUUUAGUUCAUUUCUCAGUGACCGACCUGCCGGCACGAGGCUAUGUCGUCAUGGAGGAGAUCCGACGUCAGGGAAAACUCUGUGAUGUCACGCUCAAGGUUGGGGAUCAUAAGUUCAGCGCCCACCGGAUCGUUCUGGCGGCCUCCAUCCCGUACUUUCACGCCAUGUUCACCAACGACAUGGUGGAGUGUAAACAGGACGAGAUCCUGAUGCACGGCAUGGACCCCAGCGCUCUGGAGGCUCUGAUAAACUUUGCGUACAGCGGCCAUGUUGCCAUCGACCAGCAGAACGUCCAGUCUCUUCUGAUUGGCUCGAGCUUCCUGCAGCUGCAGAACGUUAAGGACGCCUGCUGCUCCUUCCUGCAGGAGAGGUUACAUCCCAAGAACUGCCUGGGUGUGCGUCAGUUCGCAGAGACCAUGAUGUGCACGACUCUGUACGACUCGGCCAGCAGCUUCCUCCACCAGCACUUCGUAGAGGUUUCUGUGUCCGAGGAGUUUCUGGGUCUGAGGACGGAGGAGGUGCUGGAGCUGGUCGGCUGUGACGAACUCAACAUCAAAGCGGAGGAACAGGUGUAUGAGGCGGUGCUGGCCUGGGUUCAUCACGACCGAGACCAGAGGGAGUCUCUGCUGCCGGAGCUGCUGUCAAAGAUCAGACUUCCUCUGUGUCGACCUCAGUUCCUGUCAGACCGAGUCCAGCAGGACGAACUUGUACGCUGCUGCCAUAAAUGCAGAGAUCUGGUGGAUGAAGCCAAAGAUUUCCACCUGAUGCCGGAGCGUCGUCCUCACCUGCCCGCCUUCAAGACCAGGCAGAGGUGCUGCACGUCCAUCACGGGACUCAUCUAUGCUGUGGGAGGACUCAACAGCUCAGGUGACUCCUUAAAUGUGGUCGAAGUGUUCGAUCCGAUUGGGAACUUCUGGGAGCGCUGUCAGCCAAUGAGGACGGCUCGCAGCAGAGUGGGCGUGGCCGUCGUUAACGGGCUGCUGUACGCCAUUGGUGGAUACGAUGGCCAAUCACGGCUCAGCACGGUGGAGGUUUACAACCCAGAGACGGACAGCUGGACACGCGUGUCGAGCAUGAACAGCCAGCGCAGCGCCAUGGGAACAGUUGUGAUUGACGGACACAUCUACGUGUGCGGCGGCUACGACGGAAAAUCAUCGCUGAACUCGGUGGAGUGUUACUCUCCAGAGACCGACAGGUGGACGGUGGUGACGGAGAUGAGCGCGAGUCGCAGCGCUGCCGGGGUGACGGUGUUUGACGGACGCAUCUUUGUCUCCGGCGGCCAUGACGGUUUACAGAUCUUCAACACGGUGGAGUACUACAACCACCACACUAACCGCUGGCACCCGGCGGCGGCCAUGAUGAACAAGCGCUGUCGUCACGGGGCGGCGGCUCUCGGCAGUCACAUGUACGUGGCGGGGGGGUACGACGGCUCGGGCUUCCUGAGCGGGGCGGAGGUGUUCGGCUCGGCGUCGGGUCAGUGGAGCCUCCUGGUGGCCAUGAACACGCGGCGCAGCAGAGUGUCGCUGGUUUCUACGUCGGGGCGUCUGUACGCGGUGGGCGGCUACGACGGACAGUCCAACCUCAGCUCCGUGGAGAUGUACAACCCCGACACCAACCGCUGGACCUUCAUGGCCCCCAUGGUCUGCCACGAGGGGGGGGUCGGGGUCGGCUGCGUCCCGCUGCAGCCCGCCUAAAGCCUCGUUCAGAGGCCGAGGAUUGAUGUGUUACUGACGGCAGCAGGCGGGGAGGCGGCGCCCUCCGCUGGCGCUCACUGAGCUUUAUCGGUACGACGGCCGGGCUCAGACCUGCACGCUGACGCCAGGUCGAGCUAGCCCGCCGAGGCUAGCUGCUAGCAUUGUGCUAUUAGUGAGCGUGUGGACUGAUUAAUAUUAAAUAUUGAUUUUAUACUUGAUUGAAACGACCAACAGGAAGCUGACUUGAAACAGGACGACUGCUCGGAUCCGUUUCUGUGGCCGAGGUCACCGGACUGUUUUAUUGAUCGGCUGACGGACAGGAAGUGGAGCUGCAGGCACGUGAAACGACCAAACAGAGUGCGAUAUCUGCCAGCGCCCCCUACAGGCUGACGAUGUACCUGUUCUGCCUGUAGGGGAGGGGGGCGGACUUUAACAUCACCUGCUCUGGUCAGUGACUGUAAUCUGUAUGUGCCCCCCCCCAUAAUAAUUAUUGUAAAGUAAAAAUUGUUUCUCUGUGAAAUUUGACUUUUGUAUGAAAAUUGAGGAAGUGAAAAAUGUUGUUGCUAAUCUGAUAGAUGCUAACAUGCUAACACCAACAUACCGGCCUGUUUGGGAGCCAAUCAGACGGCAGAAACAAUUAAAGCCAUGAGGAGAGCGAGGCCCCGUCACAGCUGGUCAGCUGGUCUGCUGUGAUGUCAGCUGCAGGUCGGUGCUGCUGGUCUCUACAGACACGUCUGUUAGCCCGUAGCCGUCUGUUAGCCGUCUGUUAGCCCGUCUGUGUCCACAUGCAGUCAGACUGUCCCAUCAGAGCAGCCGAACCAGCAGUCAGCAGCUCCUGUCUGCAGUGGACCCGUGGACGGACAGACAGCUGUCUCUGGAUCACUGUGAGACUGAAGGAAACUUAGAAACAGCAGGAUUCUCAGGCAGGUUCUGCAGGAAGUGCGAGUCGCACUGAACGAUUCAAUGUGUUUCAUGUCUGAGUUCAGGUCUGACGGAGUUAGGACUCUGAGGAGGAGGUUUCUGACUCAGAUCCACCUGCUGCAGUACCGUCGCCUCCCCUUCAGCUCUGCGGCGCCCCCCCUGAGGAGGCUUUGGUCUUUGUCCUGCUGAGCGUCUGUCACAGACCAGGUCCUCCCCUGUGAAGUUCACGCUGAAUGGGGCUGAACAGCAGCGGAGAUAAACAUGUUUGUCCUGCGGGGGGCGCUAGAGGAAAGACGUCCUCUGAGGAGCAGGAAGUGACGCCCCCUUGUGUUCUCGUUAAAUAACGAAGACUUAUGAUUAUUCAUUUCGUCUUACUGAUUUGAUGUUGAGUCGUCGAGGCGCCACGUGGACCUCCACGAGUUUUCCAGGUGACUGAGAUUCACCUGAGUAACUCAGUGAAUGUUAAUUAAUAUGGUGUUCAAACAAUCCAAAUCUAUUAAAUAUGUAUUAAACCGUAAUUAAUAAUUACUGUUAUAUAAACAGUAUAUGUCAUUAUUAUUAUUAUUGAUUUACUAAUGUUUUGGAUUUGCAUCAUUUAAAAAGAAUAUGAGUAUGAGAAUUGAGUUAUAUAGUUCUCACUGGAAACUUUCCAGAGCUUUCAGCUGCUUCUUGUGGUCUUCCUCAGCAGAUUGAUUUUGUCAUGGAGACGGUUCAGUCGUUAUCAUGUGACCUAAUUCUGGAAUAUGAUGAAGGCCAUGACGCGCGGCUGACAGCAGUCGGUUGUUUCCGAGGUGGAGGGUAAAUCUGAAAGCUCGGCGUUGCGUGUUAAUAAAGUUAAUAUUCGAUCGUUUUAUUGAACGGAUGUUAUGGAGUUGGCCCUCUCCAGCCUCCACCACUGUUAUUUUUAUUGAUUAAUUUAUGAUUGAUUCAGUGUUUUCCUGAGAGGUUUGUGGAUCAUUAAAGAGGCUGCUGUUUCCUGA